CUAUAAAACACUUAAUAGAAAAGUUGGGAAAACGUGCGAAAUAUCAUGUCUGGACGUGAGGGUGGAAAAAAGAAGCCAUUGAAGGCGCCCAAGAAGGAAGGCAAGGAGAUGGACGAAGACGAAAUGGCAUUCAAGCAGAAGCAAAAGGAACAACAAAAGGCGCUCGAAGCUGCCAAGCAGCAAGCUUCCAAAAAGGGACCACUCGUGGGUGGAGGCAUCAAGAAAUCGGGCAAGAAAUAGAAAUGAACGCACAUGAAGACGGAAAAAUCAUUUUGGAGAGCUUUGUUUGUUUGCCAGCACACCAACAAACGAAAACCAUGCAAUUUUAUUUGCCAAAUUCAGUUUGCGUCCAAUAUUAAGUGACAAAAAUUGACUGUUUAUCAAUUCAUGUUUGAACAAUUCAUUUCUCCGUUUAUACUUACGAUUUAAUACAAAUAGCAGAUUAAAUAUUGUAAUACAA